CAAAGGCUUAGCCUCCGAACCCGGGUGGUUUUAGCAUGCCGAGCCGACUUGCGCUAUGGCGGACCAACUACGUCAGGCCAAGCAGGUGGUCCGCGACUUCGUGGUGGAGAUGCGGGCCGGGCGGCGCAUGAUGGUGCUGACGCCCACGGGGCAGCUCAAGGCGACCACGGCGAGUCUGAAUCAGGAUCUCUCCGUCUUCCGCCUGGUCCGGGCGAAUCUGGUGCGGCGCAUCCCGCUCAAAGACAUCGGCGGGAUCUUUUGCGGCACUGAGCCCGAGGUGCUGACGACCCCGCUGGACGACUUGUGCGCCACCUUGCUGGUGAAGCCCAGCAACGAGAUGGUGACCUUCCGGCUGGAGCACAUCAACGCGCGAGACACGUUGGUCAUGUGCCUGAUGCUCUUUGCGCAGAGUCAGGGCGCGGAAAUGGACGCGGUCGGCGAGGAGGUUGAGGAGGAGGGCGAUGAGGAAGAGGCUUCUGAAGCCCAAGAUGUGGGUUUCGCCAGCGCGGCGGGCUCUCGCCCAUGAGAGAAGACCAAAAGGAGGGCUAGAGA